AUGUCAAUUAUGUCAUGUGAGGCAAUGGACAACAACCAGUGGUGAUGUACCCCAAGACACAAGUUGAAGUGUUAACUUCAAAUUUAGAUCCACUUAUCUUGAAUUUGGGUCAUAAAGUGAAAAGUGGAAGAGAAAGAACCCACGUAUGUCACCAAUAGGUUGGAGGUCUGAAUUUGUCUCACUUUAUGUCACUUCACUUAUAAAAGGUAUUUUAUAUCUCAUUUCUUCUAGAAGAGACUUUAAUGUAGUUUAGUAUGUACCUAAGAUCUGUUCAGAAUCUCUGAAGGUUAGAGUUUGUACCUAAGAUCUGCUCAAGAUCUCUAAUUAUUAGUCUAUUUUAGGUCAUUUCAGAGUUAAUUAGAGUAUUUUUAUAAGAUUUAUCUAAAAUUUCAGUUUAUCACAACUUAACUUAUUUUCAAUCAUUUUAGAGUUAGUUAGACUCUAUCCUCAAGAUCUCUCAAAAUUCUCUUUUUAAGGAGCACCUAACCUACUUUCUAGGCCUAUAUAAAUGCUUUUAUUAUAACAUGAGGUCUUCACUUUUUUAAUUGAAUCAGUUCUCUCCACUAUGAGAAUUUUUUCCUCUUGCUUAUAGAUUUAGGCACCCCUUUGUAGAUUCGAAGGUUGAAGACUCCGAAUUUGUGGAUUUAAAGGCAAAUUUCUUCCCUAAGAUUAGAACUUUGUGGAUUCAAGCCCAUAUCUUAUUUAUCUUCUGCAUUACUGCGUCAAGUGGCCCCCAUAUGUGGUCUAUUUUAUCUUACUCAUAUGUGGCAAUUUUAUAAUUAGAAGAAAGUAUAAGGUACAAUUUGUAUUUAUUGGCGAAAAUAUUUUCCAAAACCCCGGAGUGGGCUCCUAAUACCCUUCUUCUUCCGCCCCCGCCGCCGCGGGAAUUCUCUGCAAAUCCCCGCGUGGCAGCCCCUAACAGCAACCUCGUCGCCCCUCCUCCUCUUCCUCCUGGGAGCAGUCCUUUUCCUUCACGGCACUACAUCAUCCUACGCCCCCUUCCCGUGCAGAGCCUCCGAUAGCUGCGCUCCGGCGGAGGAUAGUCGUUCUGCGCUUCAUCCUCCCCGAGUGCUGGCUCUGUGA